CUUCUUUCUCCCUCUCUCUUCCUCCUUGCUUCUCCCUCAUCCACCCUCAUCACCACCGCCCCACCACCCUAAUCUCAAAAGUCAUCAUGUCCACCUUCCUCUUCACCUCCGAGUCCGUCGGCGAGGGCCACCCCGACAAGAUCUGCGACCAGGUCUCUGAUGCUAUUCUCGAUGCUUGCUUGACUCAGGAUCCCAUGUCCAAGGUUGCUUGCGAGACCGCCGCUAAGACCGGUAUGAUCAUGGUUCUCGGAGAGAUCACCACCAAGGCCACUCUCGACUACCAGAAGAUCAUUCGUCAGACCAUCAAGAACAUUGGUUAUGAUGACUCUGAGAAGGGCUUCGACUACAAGACCUGCAACGUUCUUGUCGCCAUUGAGCAGCAGUCCCCUGAUAUCUACCAGGGUCUUGUCCAGAAGGGUUUCAACGUCGAGGACAUUGGAGCUGGUGACCAGGGUAUCAUGUUCGGCUAUGCCACCGAUGAGACUCCCGAGCUCAUGCCCUUGACCUUGACGUUGUCCCACAAGUUGAACAAGAAGAUGGCCGACGGUCGCCGUGACGGAUCCCUCCCCUUCCUCCGCCCCGACUCCAAGACCCAAGUCACCAUCGAGUACAAGAACGAGGGUGGUGCUUUGGUCCCCAUCCGUGUCCACACCGUCGUCAUCUCUGUCCAGCACUCUGCUGAUGUCGACAACGAGACCCUCCGCAAGGCCCUCAAGGAGGAGGUCAUCGAGAAGGUCAUCCCCGCCAAGUACCUUACUCCCGAAACCAUCUACCAUCUCCAGCCCUCCGGCAAGUUCAUCAUCGGUGGUCCCCAGGGUGAUGCCGGUGUCACUGGACGCAAGAUCAUUGUCGAUACCUACGGUGGUCACGGUGCCCACGGAGGUGGAGCUUUCUCUGGAAAGGACUGGUCCAAGGUCGAUCGCUCUGCUGCCUACACUGGCCGCUGGAUCGCCAAGUCAAUCGUCGCUGCUGGCCUUGCUCGCCGCGCCCUUGUCCAGCUCUCGUACGCCAUCGGUGUCGCCGAGCCCACCUCGGUCUUCGUCGACACCUACGGCACCGGCACGAAGUCCGAUGAGGAGAUUCUCGCCAUUGUCAAGAAGAACUUCGAUCUCCGCCCCGGUGUCAUCGUCAAGGAGUUGGAUCUCUUCAAGCCCAUCUACACCAAGACCGCCUGCUACGGUCACUUUGGUCGUGAUGAGUUCACCUGGGAGCAGCCCCGCAAGCUUGAGUUUUAAAGAGUGAGCAAAAUAAGAAAAAAGGCGUGCGCGACUGUUUGAUACUGGACAUUUGCUCCGGUUGACAUGGACGGUCGUGUAUCUGUAUAUGCAAUAUCGAUUGAGGGAUCUUUUUACAACGAACGUCCUUUAUUCAAGUCCAAAACAACAGGUGGUUCAACCCAUUCCUGUUUUUGCCCUUUUCUAUUUUUCCAAAAUCUUUUAAACCAAAAAAAACAUCCCCCCAAAAGCAAUACCACACUGAUGUUCAACGUUUUUUAAAAAUCCCCGCUUUGUAUGUAGACUUUUUCUUUUUGCUGUUUCAUCUCUUAUAACCAUUGUUCAACACAAUAAAUGUACUUUUACCGCCCCUACCGCAUAAA